AUGAAGUAUUGUUUGUCGAGUAUUAUUGCUGCAACAAUAGCAACAACAACAAUAACAACAACAACAACUGCUACUGCUACUGCUGCUACUACCAUUGCUACUGCUACUAUUGCUGCCACAGCUGCUACAAUUACGGCAACCAUUUAUGUUGUUGCUUCGUCUCAUGCAUCAUCAUUUUCAUCAUUCUUUAUUGCCUUACCACUCAUUACCACACUUCUGCUAAUUGUUCCAGAACAAACUCAUUCAGCAGCAGCAGCAGUAGCAGCAGCAGCAGCAGCAGCAGCAGCUGCAGUUACCGAACAUCGAUCUCCACCAGAUUUAUCAAUACCGUCACAAACAGAAUUUCGUGUUCCAGUUGGAACGAAGCAGUUUAGACUAAUCUGUCCUGUCAAAGAGAAGAACGAUGACCUUUUGAUGAUUCAGUGGAAGAAAAACGAUGAACCGAUUGGAUUCGAUUUCAACAAUCACUUCAAAUUAGCUCGAUCAGAUCGUGAACUGAAAAUUCGUAAUCCUCAGCUAUCUGAUGGUGGAAUAUAUCAAUGUCAAGUGGUUAAUGGAUUUGGACAUCGAGAAUUAAAUUUCACCGUAACUUUUUACGAUCCAGCAGUGGAGAAUGAAGAAAACACUGACAGUACACUGACACUCACUACUAAUGCAUCUCCACCAGUGUGGAAGAACGAAACAGAAAUUCGAAAUUGGAUGAUAAAUCCAAUAAGGAUAACAAUUGGUGGUGCUUUAUUGCUAAAAUGUCCAGCAAAAGGAAAUCCACUGCCAUAUAUCACUUGGCUAAGAGAUGGCAAGGCACUAGAACGAGAAAUUACUUAUCACCAUUCCUCGGCAAUACUUUAUCUAAGCGAUGUACAACCUAGUGAAGGUGGUAAAUAUGUAUGUAAGCUAGAAAAUGAACAUGGCAGCAUUGAAGCAUCAUUUCACGUUUAUGUGGAAAAUUUCUUCGAAGGUUUGGAUGGUGAAAGCUGGUCUAUUGAUCAGACAAAUGCACAACUUUACCCAGUCAUUGAUGAACCCUUUAACAAUACUGUUCGAGUUGGUCGAACUGCUCAAUUUCAGUGUAAAGUAAAAAAUCAACAACAACCGCUUAUUAAGUGGUUGAAACGGAUAGAAGAUCCGAAUGUAAUUCGUCAAACAAAUGCAAAUGCAACACUAAUUCAUGCAAACAAUAUGCAUCUUUUACUACUGGAAAAACCGGAAACAAGCGCCGAAUUAUCGGAUGGUGUAAGCCUAAACAGGCUUAUCAUUCCAAAUGUACGAUAUGAGCAUUCUGGGACGUAUCUUUGUGUGGUGACAAAUGCUCAUGGUGAUAUCGCUUAUCGAUCGGCAUAUCUUCAUGUCAUUGCAAGAUCAGAUCAUGGUGUAUUGUCAAAUCUUUACUUUUACGGUGGUCUACUAGUGCUCAUUAUUGUAUUUACAUUAAUAACAUAUGCUAUUCAUUUUUUACGGAAGAAUCAAGCUGCUAAAAAUAGUCAGUCGGCGCAAGGUAUUACAAGCACUCGGUAUUCAUUUUCAUUAAGGCCUCCACCUCCAAAUCUCCCACCUCCGAAAGCUCCGGCAUUACCUUCUGAACGACAGCUACUAAUGCCGAACAAUCAACUUGGCGAUCGUUAUAUGAUCAAUUCAACAGCAACAACAUACUAUCCUCAAUGUGCUAGUCUAGAUAAAAAGUUGCAAAAGAUAAUUGAAAGUGGUACACGUCCAACACCAAUCCGACGUACAAAUGGUGGUGAAACAAAAUAUCAAUUAAAAGAUGAUUACGUAAGUUCGUCUAAAUGGAUGCAUAUCAAAGGUGAUAAUACUGACGUUGAAAUAAAUCAAAAUUUAUUAAAAAAUCGUUCUACACAUUGCUAUAAUCCGGUAUCAGUAGCAUACGGUCAGACUGAUAAUCUUGAUCGACAACAACAAGAAAAAUUUUUCCUUACCACUGGUAAUAUACAAAAAAGGUGA